AUGGCCGGGGAGGACGCGCAGUCCGUACACUAUCACUACCGCACGAAGGCAGAGGUUCCAUGGGAUAUACAAAACUACUGGGCCCAGAGAUACAAGAUCUUCUCCAAGUACGAUGAAGGCGUCUGGCUGACGGACGAUGCAUGGUUUGGGGUGACCCCCGAGCCUGUGGCAAACAAGAUAGCGCUGCAUAUGGCACAGGCAGCCCCGGAGACGAAGUGUAUCCUGAUAGAUGCAUUUGCUGGGGCAGGCGGAAAUACCAUAGCGUUUGCAAAGUCCAACCGGUGGAAGCGUGUCUACGCGAUUGAGAAAGACCGGGAGACGCUGAAGUGUGCUAAGCACAAUGCUGAACUGUACGGAGUGGCAGACAAGAUCACAUGGUUUGUUGGGGACUGCUUUGAGCUUCUUCAGAACCAGCUGAAGGAUCUUGCCCCUUACAGUGUCAUAUUUGGUAGUCCGCCGUGGGGUGUAUUCAAUCUAUCAACCAUGGAGCCGUACUCCCUGGAAUUCCUCCAUGCUGAGUUCUCCAAAUUUACUCGAGACGUGGUGCUUUUCCUCCCGCGCACCUCAGAUCUGAGACAGCUGGCCGCCACUACUGCACCAGGCAAAAAGUCACUCGUCAUGCAUUACUGCUCAGAGGGCGCCAGCAAGGCAUUAUGUAUAUACAACGGAGACUUCAAGCCUAUUGAUGAAUGA